AUGCUUCAACUAUUUCUAAUUAUUGUUGGAUUUGCCCAAGCUUCAUCGGAUUUUGACAAUGCUAGAGUUAUUGGUUUACCGCAAAUCCAAUGUUCUCAAAAGUCUAUAUCGCUUAACUUUGAAACUAAUAUACCAUUUCAAGGAAGAAUAUCUGUUCUGAAAAAAUUAUAUAUACCAGAAUGUAAUCAGGACUACAGUUCUAAUAUUUCGAAGAACGCCACCUUUUAUUUAGAUAUUACAAAAUGUGCUGAUGUAACAUUCUUAAAGAAUGGUUCACGUAUUCUAAAAGCUCACGUGGAAAUUGGAUUCCAUCCAUUAGUUAUCACAAAUAACGAUCGCAUAUUUUCGGUCGAGUGCACGGAUCCAACUACAAGCCAAGUGGUGAAUGUGGCAUCGUCUACAGCAAAUUGCACACACUUGGUACGGAUGGCGUCACGCUGGGAGAGUACUACAGAGUUCCAUGUCGGUGACGCAAUAGUGCACGAAUGGAACUGUCGUUUGCCAAAUAAAGAGCUUGGUAAAACCCAGACUUUCAUAACAAAUUGCAAUGCGUUAUCGCAAAAUGGUCAAGUGAUACAUUUGAUCGACGAAAAUGGGUGCAUUAUUGACUCGGAGUUGAUGGGAGAAGUAGUUUACAGUAAAUAUAUGCCGAAAUUGUACGCAAGAGCCAAAAUUUUCAAACUUCCAACAGAUGAUAAAUAUCGUAUCGAAUGCACCGUAGAAUUCUGUCAUCGAGAUUCGCCUUGUAAAGAACGAUCAUUUCCACCAAAAUGUGCAUUUACCAAAGAAGAAAUUAUUCGAAGAUUUUCCUCUCCUAACAAUGACAUUGAACAAAUGAAUGGAAUGAUUCCGGGAAAUACUAACAUUGGCUAUGAUCAGAAAAUAAAAAUAAGUACAGCAUGGUUAACAGUUAAAUAUAACCAAUACACGUCAAUAGAAUCUCUCCAUGAACGAUAUCGACUAAAAACUACAAUGAAUCCGACAUUUGUUGCGGAAAAGCUAACGACUCCUUCUAAUCAUCAUUUCCUAAUGGGAAUUUCGUAUAGAGAGCCACAGUCUCAAAGGCUAGAGGAAGAAAAACGAAAAAUCGAUGCAAACCGAAUUGAAGCCGCAAGAAUUUUGCAUCCCAGCGGUUUUAAACCUGUUUUAGGACCAGCAAUUGAUUCUGACGAAGAUUUCAUUGAGUCGAUUACCAUAGGUAGUAACAAUGUUGGAACGUUUGAAAAACUUAAUAUUGCAAAACAUCUGGAUUAUAAGCUAUUUUCAAAUCCGACAUCAACUUUAUAUCCGAUUAAGCCAUAUACGUCAACAACGGUAAAGGUGGAAACUAUUCCAACUCCAGGAGUUUCAACUACCAUUUCUCCGACGGAUAUUACAAUACAAAAAACAACGAAACAGGUAAUAAAUGCUGAAAUGGGUCACCGUGAAAAAAUCAACGGAGCCGAAACAGUACACCAGGAGGAGAACGUAACCAAUAUUAUUACAUCAACAAAUAGUUCCCUCGUCAAAUUCCCGUCAACAAAGUAUCCACGUCCGGCCCAAUUGAAAUUCUAUACAGAUGUCUCAACAAAAAAACUGACGCCAACUACGCCCUACACCGUCAAGGGAUCAACCGUGCCGCCAAGACCGAAAAUAGAAAAUGUAUUGAAAAACAUGAAUGCGAUAAAAACGCAACAGCAUUCUUCAAGAAAAACUUACGAGAAGUUUAUAAGCAACAACGCUGACUGGAGAUUGGAUGAUCGUGGAAUUAACGACAGCGACAUUUUCCCUGAAAAACAAUCCUCUGCAGCAUGCUCGAAUGCGACAAUUAUUUCGACUCAACAAGCUUGCAAGUGGUCAGGAAUUGAGCACCUACUCUUGAUUUGGUCCUUUGCUUCUUUAAUCGUUUGGAUGAUAAUGAUUGCUGUUUGCCUCUAUAGGCAUUCAAAUAGGAAACCUGGAUGGAUGGCUUUUCGAGAACAAGAACUUCGCCGAGCUACUCAAUCACGUGUACUAAGUCAAGAUCAUCCUUGGAUACAUUCCGACGCCUUUGAAGAGCGUGUUCGUAGCAAAAACGAAAUUGAGAUCAAUAAAUUUUAA